GGUCACGUACCGGAAGUGCCCAGGGUGACAUUUACAGCAGGGCAAGAAAGAAGGCAUGCGUUUGCUCAUGCAGACCGACGCUGCGCUCUCCUAGUUUACGUGUAGUCUUUUUGUAUAUGUAUAAGCCUGUAUAUUAAAGAGCGCAAUGGCAGUGUGGGGUUGUCGGUUUCUUCUCCAGCGGGGAGCUCGUCUCAUUUCUCUUCGAGCGGCAGCUGAAAGCCCUCCUCAGUUGGCGGGUUGUGUCAGGACAGUGAAGACCACAACAUGGUUUGAGGAACAUCUCACAGAGGACAACCAGGAGUACAUGAGGAAGAGCAUGGCAGAGGAAUACAGAAGACAGACGGCUGAGAAGCUCAACCCACUCAAAGACGAGCCAUGGCAGAGACAUGAGUGGACAGAGGGAAGUAAACGAGUUGGACUAGUCGCCGUCAAGUUGGGGAUGGCUCCGAUCUGGACUAAAACAGGAGAAAGACACGCAGUCACCAUGUUGCAGGUCCAGGACUGCCACGUAAUUAAGCACCUGUCCAGAGAAGAAUAUGAUGGACGCAGCGCCGCUCUCAUUGUGGGGGGGAAAAACGGAUCACCAUUCCAUAGGACUGAGGAGUCAAUGGAGGAUUUCAGGAACGCGGGAGUGCCCCCAAAACAGAAGCUGAGCGUCUUUAGAGUGUCCGACAACGCCAUCAUCAAGCCAGGCACUCCUCUGUACGCAGCGCAUUUCCGUCCAGGCCAAUAUGUGGACGUCACAUCCAAAUCCAUUGGUAAAGGGUUUCAAGGUGUCAUGAAGAGAUGGGGGUUCAAAGGUCAGCCAGCAAGUCACGGACAGACCAAAACUCACCGCAGGCCGGGAGCUUCUGGACCAGGAGGGGACCCAGCCAAAGUUUUCAAAGGGAAGAAGAUGCCCGGCCGAAUGGGCAACGUCUACGUCACAGCUUACGGACUUAAGAUAUGGAGGGUCAAUACCAAGUAUAAUGUGCUGUAUGUUCACGGCUCCGUCCCCGGGCACAGGAACUGCGUACUCAAGAUAAGAGACACCGUGCUGCCAACCAGGAGCUCCACCUUGCUCAACCCUCCGUUCCCCACCUACUUCACCGAAGAAGAGGCCGACCUGGAUGAAGACCUGUACGAUGACGACCUGUUCGUUCACACAGAGCCGUCGUUAACACUGACCUAAUGUUUUCGCCGAACCCCCGCUGACCGUAUCUGUAUCUGUAUCCCGCAAUAAAAAAUGGUUGUUUA